CGGCAGGUGGUUUAUUGAUUGAAGUUCGUGGAGGCUCCACGCAAGUCGAGGCCAUAAGUGCAGAAGUGGAGAAAGCAACGGGUCCCGACGUCCAGGUCCGGACUAUGGGGAGUAAAUCCACUAUCGAGAUCAUGGAUAUGGAUGAGUGGUCCACCAGCGCCGAUGUUUGUGACGCGGUUGCAGCAGCUUCCACAUGCUCCGAGAGCGACAUCAAAGUACUAAGGAUUAGGAAACUUCUAGGGAGAAGCCAGGCGGCUAUCGUUCUGGCCCCAACAGAGGUAACGCGCAAGGUGAUCAGCUACGGACGCCUCCGUGUGUGUAUGGUCAACUGUCGGGUAAGAGAAUGUGAGGAAAAGACUAGAUGUUUCCGGUGCCUGUCAUUCGGCUACCAUUCGAGGUCUUGUACUGGGGUGGAUAGGUCAAGUUGCAACUGGAGGUGCGGCGAUGGCGGCCAUAAGGCAGCAGACAGCUCGGCCUCAAUUGAGACCAGGAUGGCUUUCAACAUGGUACUUAGGGUAGCAGAAGGAACCGAAAAUGUGGAGCGUCCAAUGGAAGACGUACAGCACCCAAAAUUAUGGAGUUUCUUCAAAUCAACCUACGAAGAAUCGGCACUGCCCGCAACCUGA